AUGAAAUCUGUGUUGGAUGGUGUGGCGGACACCACGUUCCGGACUAUUACAUCUGGUUUACAGUAUCUGGGCUCCAACAACGCCAACUAUGAUGACCCCAUCAAUGAUGUAGACUUCAAGGGUAGCUUCACCCCACAGAAGCCCUUCUCUGCUUUCCGCAGCAACUCCUUCCCAAACAAAGUACCUGCGGAUGAGGAGCUGAUCCUUAAAGGCAUCCCUUUCUUCCCCACCAAUGCCACAGACCUGUUUGGCAACAGGAGCACGUUCAGAGAUGAGACAAACAACAUACAAUGUGGGGAGAACUUUAUGGACAUGGAAUGCUUUAUGAUCUUGACUCCCAGCCAGCAGCUGGCUGUGGCUGUAAUGUCACUGACUCUGGGUACCUUCACGGUGCUGGAGAACCUGGUGGUGCUCUGUGUCAUCCUGCAGUCCCGCACCCUCCGCUGCCGGCCGUCCUACCACUUCAUUGGCAGUCUGGCUGUGGCUGACCUGCUGGGCAGUGUCAUCUUUGUGUACAGCUUUCUGGACUUUCAUGUUUUCCACAGGAAGGACAGUCCCAAUGUUUUUCUCUUCAAGCUGGGUGGAGUCACAGCAUCUUUCACAGCGUCUGUGGGGAGCCUUUUCCUCACUGCUAUUGACCGCUACAUCUCCAUACACCGGCCACUUGCCUACAGACGCAUUGUGACACGUACCAAGGCUGUCAUUGCCUUUUGUAUGAUGUGGACCAUCUCCAUCGUCAUUGCAGUGCUACCUCUGCUGGGCUGGAACUGUAAACGUCUCAAUUCUGUUUGCUCAGACAUAUUCCCUCUGAUUGAUGAGAACUACCUGAUGUUCUGGAUCGGGGUGACCAGUGUGCUGGUUCUUUUCAUUAUCUACGCCUACAUAUAUAUCCUGUGGAAAGCACACCACCAUGCUGUGCGCAUGCUGAGCCGCACCUCCCAGAAGAGUCUUGUUGUCUAUUCAGCAGAUGGGACUAAAGUGCUGACCACACGCCCUGAGCAGACACGCAUGGAUAUCCGUCUGGCCAAGACCUUGGUGCUUAUCUUGGUGGUGCUGGUUAUAUGCUGGGGCCCAUUGCUUGCCAUCAUGGUCUAUGACCUCUUCUGGAGGAUGGAUGAUGACAUCAAGACAGUGUUUGCAUUCUGCAGCAUGCUCUGCCUGCUCAACUCCACUGUUAACCCAAUCAUCUACGCCUUGAGGAGCAAGGAUCUGCGGCACGCCUUCCUCAGCUCCUGCCAUGCUUGCAGGGGCAGUGCCCAGCAGUUGGACAAUAGCCUCGAGUCAGACUGCCAGAACAGAAAUGCCAAAUACAGGGCUGCAGAGAGCUGCGUGAAGACCACUGUGAAAAUAGCCAAAGUAACAAUGUCUGUGUCAACUGAAACUUCUGCAGAAGCUGUCUAAUUGGCUGUCAUUGGGGAAACUGUGUAAAUGUCAUCCUCCCCAAACAAUGCCAUUCAACACAAUAAAGCAGAACUGAAAUAAUCCAGUAAAAAAAAAAACCUCUCCUGAAAGUACUGACUUGCAUCCUCACAUAGACGCUUAGCGGUUGCAUCAUUUUACGUUACUGUGUGAGCACAAAGUGUGCCAAAGUGCCAAAUGGUAUUGCAAGGUCAUAGAAAGGACUAUCAAAGACUAUCAUAAGUCUGCUGUUUAUCAUAGACUUCAUGAUAUCCAAUUAGUGAAGGCAUAUUAUAUUUUUGUACUGUGAAUUCAGGUUUUGAAAACAAUAUAUCUUCAUUUAUGGGAUAAGGGGCUACUGACAUUUUUAAUUAGAGAUGUUUUACUGUGUUAUUUAGACUUUAACAUGUGUCUUGCACCAUAAAUAUAACAAAUCCUUGCACCUUGACUUUCUAUG